AAAGCGAUUGCAACUGAUCGGUAAGUAGACGAUAGUGAAGCGUGGAUCCGUACGAAUCUGAACGGUGGUUGCGAUGGUACCACGGUACCACGGUACCACGAUGCCACGACUUGCAGGACAUCGUUGCUUGUCGUCGUUGGUCGUCAUUGGACGUUGAGGAGAAAUUCGUUGUUCCUUGGAGGUGGCUUGCCGGCUAUCCGUACCGUACGACUUCGCUAAUCGAUCUGCUGCUAUAGUUACUCGUCUAGAAGAUAAAACGGUUACUGAAAAAGGAUGAUCACGCCGGAAGAUUCUGCUGUAUGUUCGCCCCAGACGAAGGAUAUCGGAAGAAGACUAGCCGUUCCCAUCAUUCAUACCAGAGGAACUCAUUACGACAUUGGUUUCGAUAUCGGACGCACGUUCUCCGGCUUGAUCCAGGAGUACGUAGAUACGUAUCGACCGGUGAACGAAACGUAUCUACCGCUUUACGAGACCGAAACGGGUAGAAAGAUUUACGAAGAAACUCUUGGUUGCGUGGAAGAGCAAUUCCCCGGAUAUCUUCGGGAAAUUCGUGGAACAGCCGAUGGUGCGAACGUUCCGUUCCAUAAGCUAUUUCUUAUGCAUUUAGACGACAUCGUACCAAACGUAGCGAACGAAGGGGUAGAGAGUAACGCGUUACCGGUUGGUUGCUCAACCAUCGUGUGUAAUCAGCCAGGCCAGGAGAUUUUAGGACACAACGAGGACGCACUUGGCGAAACUUUGAAUCACUGGUACUUGGUUGCUGGUCAUGUGAUCGAACCAGGAUGCAAGGAAGAACAUUUUACGUCCCUGAGUUACGCCGGAUUCUUACCUGGCUAUACGAUGGGGUACAACCAUCAUGGUCUUGUUUACACUGUUAAUACUCUCAGUGCUGCGAAGCUGAGAUCUGGCAAAACGCCCAGGUACUUUUUAACUAGAGCGCUACUGGCUGCGGAAAAUUACGUUCAAGCUCAACAGAUUUUGAGGAACGAAGGUUUCGGCGCGGCCGAAGGAUUCUCGGUAAACAUGACUUUUCUAACGCAACAAGGGGACAGAAUGUUUCACAAUGCCGAGAUCGGUCCCUGCGACCUCGAUGCCGCGCAAUCGCAAUUAAAUAUCUUAACCGUCAGUCCUGGAGAGAACACGUUCCAUUGCAACAAAUAUCUUCGACUGAAAAUACCCGAAGUGAAAGGUCUUAUCAUAGAUAGCAGCGUAAGAAGAAUGGAUACGAUUUGCAAGCAUCCUCCUCCUAAAUCUCGUCAAGAUGUUAUAAAUAUUCUAAGCGAUCAAACGGACAACGAAUAUAGAGUCUAUCAGGAAAUUAAAAAAGAUGAUUACGUAAAAACUAUUGCUACCGGUAUCUUUGAUUGUAUCGAAAGAACUUGGUCCAUUUACACGGAUAAACCAAACUGUACGGAACCGGUUUUAGUGAUACCUUUGCAGCUAUGCGACGAACCGACAAUUGCUGCUGUGUAAACUUUAGCAUCAAAAUCAAAACUAAUGUUUGCCCCACUAGUGAAUUUCCUUUCAUAUUAUCACUUAUUUUUACUUAAAAAGGAACGAAUUCGAAAAUCUAUGGAAAUAAUAACAAAAUGUCUCCUCUUCUUCUUCUUUUUUUUCUUUUUUACUUUUAUUUUUCUCUUUUUUUCUUUUCUUUUCUUUUCUUUUCUUUUCUUUUCUUCCUACACUUUCGGCUUAUCUUUCUUUCUUUCAUUUAUCACAAAUAGUUUGGUAAUUAUUGAAAAAGGAAAUAAGAAAAUGAUGUUAGACGUUACACUGUUAAAGAACAAAACAAUAUCUAAAGAUUUAAAUAAGAAUAUAGAAAUAGAUCGUCGUGGUCUGUUCAUUUAAAUAUAUCGGAUCUUAACGACAA